UAGUAAGCCUGAUCACAUCCGGUGUAGAGGUUUGGCAUGUUUUUGUUUCUUCACAGUUUCAAUUUCAGUCUGAACCUUUUACCGCUUUUACCUCAUUAACCUCCAGCCGGCAUGUCUCGGGGGUCAAGCGCCGGCUUUGACCGCCACAUAACCAUCUUCUCUCCGGAGGGAAGACUCUACCAAGUCGAGUAUGCCUUCAAAGCCAUCAACCAGGGAGGACUGACCUCCGUGGCGGUCAGAGGGAAGGACUGUGUUGUGGUCGUCACACAAAAGAAAGUCCCUGACAAGCUGUUGGACGCCUUGACAGUCACACAUCUGUUCAGGAUUACAGACAACAUUGGCUGUGUUAUGACCGGCAUGACUGCCGACAGCAAGUCUCAGGUUCAGAGGGCGCGAUAUGAAGCAGCUAACUGGAUGUAUAAGUACGGCUAUGAGAUCCCCGUGGACAUGUUGUGCAAACGCAUGGCUGACAUCUCCCAAGUCUACACGCAGAACGCUGAGAUGAGGCCACUGGGCUGCUGUAUGAUAGUGAUCGGACUGGACGAGGAGUUGGGUCCACAGCUGUAUAAGUGUGAUCCAGCUGGCUACUACUGCGGCUUUAAGGCCACUGCAGCCGGAGUCAAACAAUCUGAGGCAACCAGCUUCUUAGAGAAGAAAGUCAAGAAGAAACAGGAUUGGACCUAUGAGGAGACCAUAGAGACGGCUAUCUCAUGUCUGUCAACCGUUCUGGCCAUCGACUUCAAGCCCUCGGAGCUGGAGGUGGGAGUUGUCACUACACAGGAAUCAAGAUUCAAGAUUCUGUCAGAGGCUGAGAUCGAUGCUCGCCUGGUGGCUUUGUCUGAGAGAGAGUGAGGAAAGUUGGCCGGCCAUUUUGCUGCCGUUGCGAUUACCCUGAAAAGGAUGAGGAACGGCAACACCAAAAAGAAAAAA